AUGUCCGACUCCUCCACGCCCGCACCCAAAUCGUCAACCGACCCGUCCCUCCGACCGCUCCACCAAGCCCUCUUCGACGCUGGACUCGCCACGCGCCGCGCCGUCGUCGGCGACGUCUACGUCGACCGCGCCCUGGCCAAUGGGUCGACGGAAUUCUCGCGGCCCGGCCAGGAGCUGGUGACCGAGUGGUGCUGGGGAUACGCGUGGACACGACCGGGACUGGCGCGUCGCGACCGUUCGCUACUGAAUAUCGGCAUGCUGAUGGCGUUGAACCGCGGCCCCGAACUGGCCGUGCAUGUGCGCGGCGCUAGACGCAAUGGCCUCUCCGAGACGGAAAUCCGCGAGGCCAUCCUGCACGCCACUACGUACUGCGGCGUGCCGGCUGGUGUCGAUGCCAUGAAGGUCGCAGAGAAGGUGUUGGAUGAUAUGGCUGCCAGUGGGGAACUGCCUCGCGAAUUGGGCGGUAAGAGUCCAGAUGCGUGA